AUGCUGCUGCUCCUCCAGGUACGUCGCAGCUGCCCACAACCCUGUCUCAUAUCCACGUGUGCUGACCGGUUGGCGAUAGUACCCGCUGCGACCACGGGAGACGCCACAAAGCAAGCGUUGCUCUCUGUCGUCCAAGUCUGGCUUGACCGUCUUCAAGCUAUGGCAGUUAUCGUAAACUUCAUUUUUGUCUCCAUAGACAGCAUGGUCUACUCUUUUCCCUCACGCCCGCCGGACUUCAGUACUUGGUCCUCGGUAGACUUGCUCGUGUCAGCGAGCUUGGGAGGGGCGAUCAUCCUCCAUGUAUGCGCGUCGAUCCUCGCCUACAUCGCAUCCUUUGUCCUCAUCCGCUACCGCCUCUCGGAUGCCGAGGAACAGGAACAAUCCACCGAGCGUCCGUACACCGCCUCUGAUGGGCAACACAGGACCCACCCGAUGCGUGCUCAGUCCUUUUCCGCCGCCACAACCCUCGCCCCUGCCCUUGCCCCCGAAUGGAACGAAUACAUCGACCUCCGCUCCCUGAUCUCAGUACAUAAGGUCCCCUUACGGCAGUAUAUCCUCUGCGGCAUGGUCCCGCGCAAGAGACGAGUGAAGAAUGAGAUAGAGGCACUAGCCACCCCGGACGACCCGGUGGUGAGGGUGACUGUGCUGAUACGAUGCCACACUGCGAUCGCGGUGAUGACGCAGUUGGGGUUCAUGCUCGCUCUCCUGGGCAUCUUGGCGUACUUUUGGACAGGACUUCCGCGGAUGCUGGGUAUCUGGGCGACGGUGCUGCUCGAAGGGUGCCUGUUCGCGAUGGGUGCUGUGAUGGUGCAAGCCAACUGGAAAUGGUGA